CUACAAGAUUUGCUUCUUAUAAAGGAGGAGGGAGCAUCUCUGGGUCUUUGGUUCUCUAACCCAAGAGCUACUGUUACAGGGCACAGUCCGCCUGCAAUCCAUGCUGCCCCUCUGCUGCAUCUCUCAAGCUUGCAUUUUGACCUAAUUUGAAGGGGUCAGGAUGCUGCCCCGUUUUACGUCAGUGCUGCUGUUUUCCUUGCUGUCCAGCAUUUUGGCUCAAGACUCUAUUGAGGAAAGGAGAACUUACAAGAAAUCCAGAGCCAGGCCGGUAGCUGCAGGUAUUCAUGAUGGACAAGCCAUCCUGGAUGAAGACUGCGGCCUGGAGCUCUCCUUCCUGUUGGACAGUUCUGAGAGCGCAAAAGACAACCAUGAGCAGGAAAAGCGUUUUGCAAUGGACAUGGUGGACAGACUCCAAGGUGCACGGCUGCCAACCGGCCGCAGCCUGAGUUCCAGGGUGGCCUUGCUCCAGUACAGCAGUCAUGUUAUCAAGGAGCAAACUCUCAGAGACUGGAGGGGAUCAGAAAACUUUAAGAACCGGAUCACCCCCAUAGUCUACAUUGGACAUGGCACCUACACAACCUACGCAAUCACCAACAUCACCCAGAUCUACCAGGAGGAAUCCAGACCAGGCAGUAUCAAAGUAGUGGUGUUGUUCACAGAUGGUGUUUCCCAUCCAAGAAACCCAGACAUUUUCUCCACUGUCGCUGACGCUAAGAACCAAGGCAUAAAGUUCUUCGCUCUGGGCAUCACCCGGACAGCCAACGAACCAGCCAACGUGGCCAAACUCCGCCUGCUGGCAAGCUCUCCGGCCUCCCGCUUCCUCCACAAUCUGCAGGAUGAAGACCUAGUAGAAAAAAUCUUCACUGAGUUAACUGCUAUAGCUGAUGAAGGAUGUCCUUUGCCUCAGAGAUGCGCCUGUGAGAAAGGAGAAAGGGGACCCAGCGGGCCUGCAGGUAAGAAAGGUCGCCCCGGUGAUGACGGAGCUCCAGGGCAGAAAGGGCAAAAGGGGGAAGCAGGAUUAAGUGGAAUACCUGGGCGAGAGGGAGCUGAGGGGAAGCCUGGUUACAAAGGAGAUAAGGGUGAGAGGGGUGAGUGCGGCACUCCGGGAAUCAAAGGAGACAGGGGUCCAGAAGGUUCAGUUGGAAUCAGAGGACCAAGAGGUCUGCAGGGGCUACCAGGGCCACAGGGAGAUAUUGGACCAGAGGGGCCUCCGGGGAACCAGGGAGAACGUGGCCUACCUGGCCCUCCAGGAAUUCAGGGAGAAAUUGGUAUCGGACUCCCUGGUCCAAAGGGCGAUAUGGGAUUCCAGGGCCGCCCAGGUCCUCCUGGUCCUCAUGGAGUGGGUGAACCUGGCCCACCUGGACCUCAAGGACAGCAAGGUGUUCCAGGGGAAAAAGGGCCCCAAGGAGAAGGACUUCCUGGACCAAAGGGGGAGCGGGGGCUCCCAGGACCAAGGGGGCCAAGGGGACAGCAGGGUGUAGGCAUCAAAGGAGACAAGGGUGAAUUAGGGCCACUGGGUCUUCCCGGUCCAGCUGGGCCAACUGGGGUGGGAAUUCAGGGAGAAAAGGGAGUGGAGGGACCAAGAGGUCCACCAGGAGUCAGGGGAGUCCCAGGAGAAGGAUUACCUGGACCUAAGGGUGACCAAGGCUUACCAGGAGAACAUGGAGCUCCUGGAGAAAGGGGCAUCGGUGAACCUGGCCCAAAGGGAGAACCUGGAGCUUCAGGACUAAGCGGUGUGCCUGGUCUUCCAGGAGAAGAUGGCGCUCCAGGCCAGAAGGGGGAGCCUGGCUUACCUGGCUCCAGAGGUCCUGAGGGAGCACAAGGAAUUGGAAUUCAAGGAGAGAAGGGUGACCAGGGUCUGAGAGGGAUCCGUGGACUGCAUGGUCCCCCUGGGAUUCCAGGACCUUCUGGGCCAAAGGGAGAACGUGGAAUUCCAGGUCCGCAGGGCAUGUCAGGGCAGCCAGGACGGUCCAUAUCAGGUCCAAAGGGUGAAGUUGGUCCCGCUGGUCCUCCUGGUCCUAUUGGUGAAACAGGUCUUGGUCUACCUGGACCAAAAGGUGACCGAGGUCUUACAGGUUUACCAGGUCCAAUUGGUCCAAAGGGUGAAGGCUUUCCUGGCCCUGUGGGUCCUCCAGGAAUGCCAGGGUUACCAGGGGAGCCUGGGCAAGAGGGAGUGGGAAUUCCUGGUCCAAAGGGUGAUAUUGGCUUUAGAGGACUGCCAGGUUUACCCGGACCACCAGGCGAGGGCUUACUGGGCCCGCCAGGCAAUACUGGAAGGCCAGGGCCGCCUGGUCCAGUUGGACCUCCUGGAGUAGGCAUUCAAGGGCCAAAGGGCGAGCCAGGAUCUCAAGGAAUGACUGGACCUAGAGGGCCGCAAGGAGAGGGCUUUCCUGGACCUAAGGGGGACCGCGGUUCACAGGGUGAAAGGGGCAUGAAAGGCACCAAAGGAGACAUGGGUGAUACCGGGGUUCCUGGAGAAAUGGGUAGAUCAGGAGCCAAGGGUGAACCAGGACUUACAAGAGAAGACGUAAUUAGGCUGAUCAAAGAAAUAUGCGGAUGUGGCAUCAAGUGCAAAGAAAGACCAAUGGAGCUUGUGUUUGUCAUCGACAGCUCAGAGAGUGUCGGUCCUGAGAACUUUGAGAUCAUCAAAGACUUUGUCAUCAGGUUGGUGGACAGAACCACAGUUGGACGCAAUGCCACCAGGAUCGGACUGGUUCUCUACAGUCUGGAUGUUAACUUAGAAUUCAACCUGGCACGUUUUUUGACCAAGGAGGACGUAAAGGAAGCAAUACGGAAAAUGACAUACAUGGGAGAAGGCACCUACACAGGUACUGCUAUAAGGAAGGCAACUCAGGAGGCCUUCUUCAGCUCCCGGUUUGGAGUUCAAAAAGUUGCCAUUGUCAUCACUGACGGUCAGACAGACAGCCGAGAACCUGUCAAGCUUGAUAUAGCAGUGCGGGAGGCUCAUGCAGCAAACAUAGAGAUGUAUGCUCUAGGAAUCGUUAAUUCCUCUGAUCCCACACAGGCUGAGUUCCUGCGAGAACUUAACCUCAUAGCUUCUGACCCAGACAGUGAGCACAUGUACCUUAUUGAUGACUUCAAUACUCUCCCAGCAAUGGAGUCUAAACUUGUGAGCAAGUUCUGUGAAGAUGAAAAUGGUGCCCUCAUUUAUAAUCACAUCCCAAAUGGACAAUGGAACAGCAUCAACGGACUUGGUCUUAAUAGGAUCAAUGGAAGGUAUGUUAAUGGAUACAAUAGCUUUGAAAGUAAUGGUUUUGACAACACUGGAAAUGGGAAAAAGCAUGAAGGGGAAAAUGAAAACCAGAGAGAAACCAACAAAAGAGCCCGGGGUGAUGCAUUCACACUACCCAUCAAUUCCGAUCCCCUUCCUUUACAGGUAGUAGAAGAGGAUGAGGAUGGAGAAGAUUUAGAACUGAGGUCCAGUGUGCAGACUGGUAGUAGCACGCCAGCGAUCAAUGAAACUACAUCAUCAGUUGUAAGAGACAGUUCGUCCCCCAGGGAUGAAGGGUUUUCCUCAUCAACAAUAUCUGAAUUACCAGGAACUUUAUCAUCUUGGUCAAGACAACAAACAUCUUCAUACACCAACCAGUCGCAGCCUGUAAUGAGUCAAGAAUUACCUAAAGAGGUUCCCGCUCCUGAUCCACGCUGUAGUCUCAUUUUGGACCAAGGAACCUGCAGGAACUACGUAAUCUGCUGGUAUUACGACAAACAGGCCAACUCCUGUGCACAGUUCUGGUACGGAGGCUGUGGUGGGAAUGAAAACCGCUAUGAAACUGAAGAUGAAUGCAAGACAGCUUGUGUUCUUUUAAGAACAGCUGGAUGAGAAGACAAAUCGGAAAAUGGGUUUGAUUAUUCAAGAGUCUCAACAUUUGUAGUUCACUCACCUGUGUUCAGCAGUUUUCUUGCACUUUUCUAACAUUCCUGUCCCCAGAUACAGAGAAGUUGCUCAAUAUGAAAUAUUUUUUCAGAAGUUGCUGGUUUUGCUGAAAAUGGAUCCCCUUAUCUGUUUGAAAAACUGACUUUAUUACCUUGGGACUUGCACUGAUAUUGCUUUAAAAAUCCAGGUUGAAUUUUUAAUGUAGGAUUUAGUUGUCAUGAAUGUAAAUACACAACAACAGAAAAUGCAGCUUCAGUCAUUUCUCCAACUAUGCAUUUAGCAUAAUCACAUAGCAGACAGUGAGCUAUUUCAUAGUGUAAUAUAUAGUUUACUACAUAUCUGUUUUGUUCUUUAUUCAAUUGUGUCUUGUUUGUAGUCAUUGUAGGCAGCUGUAAUAAUCAAAUGCUGAUAUUAGAGUACAAUAAUCUGCAACCUUCUGGUUAAUGAAGAUCAAAGCAGACUUUUUAAAACAUGUUUUUAAUAUAAACAGAUAUUAUCUGUGAUGUUUUAAACUAAUAAAUUUUAAAAUGACAGAGGAUUUAAUACAUGUUUUAUAAAUGGCAGUUGUGAAUAAACUCAUCA